AAAUGGCCAUAAUGCAUGCAAUCUCUGUUAUGACGUCAGUAUGUGUCAUAAACGUUAUGAAUAAUGGAGGUGAUUAGUGUCUUUGUUAUAGCUAAUAAGACUGGACAACAUGGACAGCCUUAUCUUUAAUGGUGACUUGGUUGGUUUAUUCAACAAAUCUCAACCCAACUUUUGUCCUUUAACCCAACGGCUAAUCAUCACUUGCCAUGCCAGGCUGCCAGCCUUUGAUCUUUGUCUUCACCACUUUUUGUUUUGUCUUUACUUAUUAUCACUAAUUACACUAUAAUGGUGGUGAUUAGUUAAUUACUUAAUUACCAUUAACUAUUAGUUGCGCUCACCCGCUCUUUAUUAGUUACAAAAUAUAUAUAUUGAAAGAUGAGAAAAAAUGGAAUUGCUACUUUCACUUUUCAUAUAACAGCAAUCUUAGUGUAUUUAUAUUUUAUAAUGCGCCAGUAUUAUCAAUAUCAUAGACAUAAAUUAUCAAUAUCAAAAGAAGCAUAGAUAAAAAAAAGCAACCGUUUCACUCCCGCCUUCACAGCUGUCUUUAAUGAUUAGCCAGCUAGACCAAUGAUCCUCUCACAUCACUGUCACGGUAUUCUAAAUAACGGUCCAGUCCAUCCCUAACGGUCAAUUCGCCACGUGGAGUAAUCUCACUCGGUUUUGUAAAUAUAUAUAGAGCUGAUCGUUUACUUGCUAACCAAAACUCUCAAAGAUAACAACAACACUCUCUGUUUCUCAUGGCUACAGAUCAAGAAAACCUACUCUCAGAUGAUUACCAAGAAACGGCGGCGUUUUGCGGGUGUAGGUAUCUCUGUAACUUCUGGUGGAGAAGAAGAGGAGACGGUGGCUGGAGCGGUAACUUGCAGGAAGAGAAAGGAGAAAGUUGGUGGACCAGGAAACUGAAGGGGCCAAAAGAGAUUUCUGAGAAAAUUGCGGGGCCAAAGUGGAAAAACUUUAUAAGAAGUUUUAGCAAUGGGAGGAAGAAGAUGAAGAGAGAUGUGGACUUCACGUACGAUCUCAAAAACUACAGUCUUAAUUUUGACGACGGAGGCGGAGAAAAUUCUUCACCGGAGAGGUUUAUAGCUACUCCGGCUGUUGUAAAAGUUUGAUAUUUUUCUCAACUUUUUUGUAUUCUUUUUUUAAUUGAUCAUGUUAUAAAUGUUAAUACCAAACAUAUACAAAGAGGUUAUAAAAUCAUUUAGGCGUUACUUGUUGUUCAAUCGCCACUCCAAAUUAGAUAAUAGGCAUGUUCUUUUUCUUGACGCGUGCCGCAGCGUCAACUGCUAACAAACAGGAAGAAAAUUUUGUAAUUAAAGCCAUCGUUUUUUAAGUUUGUGAAGGUGCGGUUAUUUUACGGAAUGUUACCGGUGAUAUUAGUGACGCUGAAAAAAACAACGUUCAUCGGAAUUGCCUUCGUGGUCAAACGCGGAGGUUGCUGCCAUUUAUUCUCCAUAUCUUUAAGCCUCAAGAAAUUUAUAAUUAGGUAUUAUUUUGAACGCUUGACGCUGACGCUGCGAUUCUUUACCGAACAGGGCUUAUGUCUACUGUUUUCUACUUGUUAACCCUUUUCACACCAAACAAAGCUUUUCUACAUUUGUUAGAAGAUCAUUCAUAAUAUCCUUAAUUUUCUCGUGUCAGAAUAUGUAUAUUUAAUUAGAUCUGUGUAGAGAUUACAUGCAUAUUACAUGUUUGAGUUCUUGUCUAACUCGUUCCAUCAAGGAUCUCUCGCUCUCAGUAGGAACCAGAGGACCAAAACCAUAUAUAAACCCUCGUCAAGCAUAUUAAGGAAAGAGUAAGGAUAAAUUGUGUGGUUGUUUACAUACUGACCUACAACACUGUUACUGUUGUUUAUCAGUUUAUGUUUUCCAAUGGUAUUUUACAAAAUUUGCUCCCUCAAUAGCAAAGGUGAAUCUAUUUGUCAUGUUUUGUCCUAUACCAAAACCAUAUUUUCACCGAGAUGAUCAAAAGCGUAGGGCAAGGAGAAAAGAGAUAGAUCGAUUUAAGAUGUUGGGCUGUGUGUAAUAAUUAGUGGGCUAGACCCAUCUAUAUUGAUUUCGUCCUUGGCCCAUUCCACCAAUUCGCCAAACGCAUGAAAGUUUAGGGUACGAAUGGUGAUCAGGGAACGGCGAGGAAUAAUGCAUUCCCUAACGUUCCUGAAAAAAAUUACCAUUCACAAGGAAUAAUAAUUUCCUCUCAUUCCCUUUCAUUCCUUUUUUGUAGAGAAUUAAAGAACAAAAGUAUUCCUUGUUAAAAGUGAUAAGGAACGACCAUUCCUUUUCAUUCCUGCUAUUUUAUUCCCGAACAUUCUUUUUUAAUCUGUUCCUCUUGUUUCCCGAAUGGUCA